UUUUUUUUUUUUUUUUGGGGGGGGGUUUCGUGUCGCCACACGCGCUCGAAUAAAGAAUUCUUCCUCAGUUCGAACCGAAGCCUAGACACGGUAGGCUCGUCGCUACUUGACGGGACGAAAACGUCGUUCGUUGCAAUCUUCGUGCUUUGGACAAACCUCGUCACGUUGCACGUCCGAGCCUCUCGAGCUAGCCUUAGCUUAGCUGAGCUCGUUAGCCGCCGUCGAAGUAGAGACGACUUUGUCGGCGACGUCAUCGAUCGGUAGCGAUCGAGUGUGAAAGUGAUUGUGGCUAUCGUGCGAGAAUGUGUGCAAGAAAGACAGCGCAAUACGCGGAGGAACUUUCCGGAACGAAAGAGGAGAUCGAGCCAUUAAUGGACGCUGCUUUCGAGCAGCCUGCGUUUGCGUCACACGGAGCAGACGUCUGUGAAGAGCUUCAUCCAGAGCAACGGGAACCCGAGUGCGCCCACAUUAAAGAGGAAGAGGAGGAAGAGCCCCCCUACAUUAUAGUGGAAGUGCAGCCAGAGCCAACUCACAUUAAAGAGGAAGAGGAAGAAGAGCCCGACGAGCCAGAGACCUUCCACAUCAAAGAGGAGGAGGAGCUCAUCAUGUUGCCAUUGACAUUUGCGCCUUUCAAGAGUGAAAUUGAGGGUAAGAGUGAUAAUGACGGGAGCAGAGGGGCGGAGCCUCCAAGCAGCAGCUCGAGUCAAGACAUGACAACAGAAGGUGACGAAGACAACCACACAGGAUCUCAAGAAGACGGCCUCUUAGCGCCACUAUCGGAUAGUGACGACAUAACGUCACACUCUCAUGAUGAUGAUGACGAUGAUGACGACGACGAUGAUGAUGACGAUGAUGAGGACGAUGAUGAUGAUUACGAUGACGACGAUUAUGAUGAUGAUGAUGACGAUUAUCAACACUCAAAAGGUGACGUGACAUGUCACACGAACAAAAAACACUGGAAAUGUUCUCAGUGUGAGAAAACAUUAAGUUCCAAGCGGGUUUUGAAAGAACACAUGAGAAUACACACUGGAGAGAAACCUUUUGCCUGCUCAGUUUGUGGUCAACGAUUCUCGUUUAGGGAAAACUUAAGAAUACACACACGAACACACACUAAGGAGAAACCUUUUGUUUGCUCAGUUUGCGGUAAAAGAUUUACUCAAAAGACAAAUUUAACAAAACACACAAGAACCCACACAGAGGAGAAACCUUUUGCCUGCUUGGUUUGUGGUAAAAGAUUUACUCAAAAGACAAAUUUAUCAACACACUCAAGAGCGCACACUGGAGAAAAACCUUUUGCCUGCUCAGUUUGUGAUCAAAGAUUCUCUGUGAGGGGGAACUUAAGAAGACACACAAGAACACAUACUGGAGAGAAACCUUUUGUCUGUUCAGUUUGUGGUCAAAGAUUCUCUACGAAACCGAAUUUAACAAGACACACAAGAACACACACAGAAGAAAAACCUUUUGCUUGCUCAUUUUGCGAUGAACGAUUCAAUUUACAGAAAAAAUUAAUUACACACACUAGAUUGCACAGUGGACAAAAAACAUUUGCCUGCUCAGUUUGUGGUAAAAGAUUCUCUGUAAGGGGGAACUUAAGAAGACACGUGAGAACGCACACUGGCGAGAAACCUUUUGCCUGUUCAGUUUGUGGUCAAAGAAUCUCUUCCAAGGCAAAUUUAACAACACACACAAGAAAACACACCGGGGAGAAACCAUUCAGUUGCAAUGUGUGCGAGAAAAGAUUCUUUAGCAAGGCUUAUGUUAAGAGACACAAGUGUGCCGGAGAGAACAGCAGCGAUCAAUAAAGCUACGAAUAGACCGAACAAACUGACUGUCUGUGGUGAAGUGUGAAGUGUAUUUGUGAUUGUGAAUAAAAUGCAACAUUGGAUUUGAUGAUGUAAAGACGUUCAAUCAAUAAAUUGAUCAGUGACAGAAGAACCAUGGUGCGGUGUACUGUAUCUGCCGUAGGGAGAGUGACUGUAUGAGCUCUGGAGUAUAUAAAACCAAUUUAUUGGUAGUAGUGGGACGUCAGGACGUAGAGCGGGCACGUACGCACAGACCCCAGGUGGCGCUCAAGCUUUUGCCCUGGUUAAAAAAGUGCCCGUUUUUUCUGCAGCACAUUGUUUCUUCAUUCAUCAAUAUUUGAAAUAAAAGACACCAAAAAUGUUCGGAAAAAUUUUCUAGAACAGCUGAGAUUCAUUUGGGGUUAAUCAGGGGAACUGCAAGUGGUGGCACUCAAAACUUAAAUUUUAAGACUUUGAAGGUAAUUGUGGGCCCAAUGGUUAAGAUGAUCAUCACCUGACACCGUGGGGGACCUAGGUUCAAGACCCUUACCGGAGCAUCCGCCGGACUCCCGGCUAUGGUGUCCUUGAGCAAGACACUGAUACCCUGAACUGCUCCCCGGGCUUCAAGUUGCACUUACGGAUGUAGCGCCAAACUGUAUUUACUGACAUUGGUUUUCUGAAGUGUUCCUGAGCCCAUGCGGUGAUAUCCUUUACACAUUGAUGUCGGUUUUUGAUGCAGUGCCGCCUGAGGGAUCGAAGGUCUCGGGAAUUCAAUGUCGGUUUUCGGCCUCGCCGCUUCCAUGCAGUGAUUUCUCCAGAUUCUCUGUAGCUUUUGAUGAUAUUAUGGACCGUAGAUGAUGAAAUCCCUCAAUUCCUUGCAAUUGUACGUUGAGGAACAUUGUCCUUAAUCUGUUGGACUAUUCUCUCACGCACUUGUUCCCAAAGAGGUGAACCUCGCCCCAUCUUUGCUUGUGAAUUCACGAAAGCUCCUUUUCUACCCAAUCAUGGCACCCACCUGUUCCCAAUUAGCCUCUUCACCUGUGGGAUGUUCCAAACAGGUGUUUGAUGAGCAUUCCUCAACUUUCUCCGUCUUUUUUUCCCACCUGUCCCAGCUUUUUUGGAACAUGUUGCAGCCAUCACAUUCUAAGUUCAUUAUUAUAAGUUGAUCAGUUUGAACAUGAGAUAUCUUGUCUUUGUAGUGUAUUCAAUUAAAUAUAGGUUGAACAUGAUUUGGAAAUCAUUGUAUUCUGUUUUUAUUGAUGUUUAACACAACGUCCCAACUUCAUUGGAAUUGGGGUUGUAGAGCUACAUGAGGUACAUGUGUGGGAAAAAAAAUAAUGAAAUUAAACAAGACCAUGAAGAGAAUAGACUGUUGGGAAUAAAUAUGAUUUCAUGAAACAAAUAAAUUGGUACCUUGACUUAUGAGUUGAAUUGGUUCCGUGACAUGCUCAUAACUCAAGUCACUAGUAUCUCAAAUCAACGUUUCUCAUUGAAAUGAAUGGAAAAGCCAUCCCAGCCCUCAAAAAAAAAAACACCCAAAGAAAAUGUAUGUGCUUUUAAAAUGAUUUUUGUUUUUAAUUUGCACUGUACUGUAUUGUACUGUUUCAAAACAUACAGUAAUAACAUAAUUAACUAGAAUGGAAAGAAAUUCUUUUUUUAGAUGCUACAUAUUUUUCCUGACCUUUUAAUUUUUUUUGGGGGGGGGGGGCUUUUUCACCUGUAUGCUUUCCUUGCUUUCAGCACCUUCUCCAACGUUUUGUGAACAGAGGUCCACCACUUUGAAAUGAUUUGAACACCCUUUGGUCGGCGUUAUAAUCUUUAUUGACUCCUUAACGCUCACUUUCUGACGCGAAAAAUUUCGGGGCACUCGAAAGUCCAGGCACCACCGCUUCAGAAUGUAAUUAAAAGAAACUUAUUGGUAUUAGAAUAAGUUAGAAAAAGACACUUUCAAAAGUAUUCACGACCUCUUUCUUGCUCACAAAGCUUUUCCAAAUAAGAGGCAACACGUGCUUGCUUUAAGCUGUUUUUUUGACACCGACUUUAUUGUCAAACUUGCACAUGCAACAAAAGAGACUUAGUGUAUAUUUCAACACCAAAACAUUCAACCAAACCAUAUAAUUUCGUCUAACCAAAAUCUGAUGGCUGAAUGUGAACAUAAUGCAACGCACCAAAGAUGGGCACAUAGUACAAAAUUUGAAAAUACAUUUUACGGUCAUUUAUUUACAAUACCGAUUUUGAUAACUGGGGACAACAACAAUAAUUUAUUUGCAGACAAAUUAAUUUCCCUCUUUAUUAAAUUGUGCAGUGCUUAUUCUGAGAAGAUAAAUAGCACUAGAAAUGAUAAGCAAUGUGGUUCCAUUUUUAAUUGACCACUGCUCUUCUCACCAGCACACUUGUGACUCUUAAAAUCACGCUUUUA